AAUACAACAACAUUUUAACAUAUGCAGUCUUUCGCAUUUCUCAUUCUGUGAGGUGUUAUACAGUAUACGAUAAAUUAAACCAAGAUGUUCGACAUAGGAGCGCUGCCAAAUGAAAUCUUCGAUUUGGUUAUCGAGCAUCUGAUAAUUUCCAUUGGUAUCUUCAGAGCUUUCAUACUUCGAUCCGUCAACAAAAACUUUAACUCUGUUAUACUAUUCGCCAUCUGCAAUAAACAAAUCUUAGAUGUUGACGAUCCGGCUACACCACAGUUGAUCUACCGCAUGCCGAUAACCCCGAAAGCCAGAAUUCUUCUAGUACAAUCACGCUCUGAGAAAGCCGAUAGAGAUGAUGCCCUAUUCGUCAUUGCAACAGUGAACCAAGCGCUAGAUGACUUGACCCAGCUAACAAAUGAACAGCAGGCCAAGCAGCAUCAGAUGAUUGCUGAGGCGGUUGCUGAGAGAUACCCAAUUGAGAUAUUAAACUCGUCGAAGAGAAACGACGAUAGUGCGAAAACAAACUCCCAUGCUCAUAAUGUCCUCAUGGGUGCUAUUGUUAUCGGCAACUUACCACUCGUUAAGACACUGCUAGAAGAGCAGCAAGCAGACGUCAACGCAAUCAACCCCUAUUUUGGACGGCCCCUAGGAAUCGCAGCCGUUCGGGGCUACCUACCGAUCGUUCGCUAUCUUCUAGACUACGGUGCGGAUCCUUGCCGGGAUGAUGACGGACAGCAUUGGUGUGAUUUCGGCAUAAAACCCCCAAUAUGUGCGCUUGGGGCAGCGGUCCGAGGAGGACACGAUGACGUCUUCCAGUUGCUUAUGAAGCCAGAGUAUAGUCCAUCUCCCACUAGAGCCGAGUAUUUUCGGGUGAUACUCGAUGGAGUCAAAUUUGGGCGUCUUCAAUUUGUUCAGUCACUCUUACAGGCGACGGGUAACCAAUUAUCGGACUACGCCGAGUUCGGUGACACAAUGUUUUACACCGCAGUGGUCAACGAUCAACCAGACCUAGUACAGAUGCUUCUAGACAGUGGCGUCGAUGUAAACGCGGCUUUCCAUGACCGAAAGCAUCGUCAUUACGGCCAAAUACUAUCCGACGCGGCGUCAAGGGGGAAUCCUCGUAUGGUCCGAAUUCUUCUCGAUCAUGGUGCCUAUGUGGGCCGUGCGGAAAACUCAUGGCAUUAUGAUAAAUCCAGAAUCCCUAUUGGAAUAGCUGCCAAGCAUGGACAUGAAGAAGUGGUUGACCUUAUAUUUGCGCACAGCCCCAACCCUGAAUUUCUUGAAAUAGCAUUCAUAUGGGCUGCGAAAGGAGGUCAAGCUCAUUUAAUGAACAAGCUUUGGGAGAAAGAUCGACAAUUGCACACAAAACCAUGGCCUCGUCAUAUGAUAUCCCCCCCACGAAAUGGAGAUAUAGAUCUUAGACGCACAGUAGGCCUUGAGGCACUGUACGAGGCCAUCUUCGCAAAAAGCCCGGCGGUGAUCUCCCUAUUGGCCGAGCGCGGUGUUUCGCUCAAUGAGAAACGCUUAGGCCGGUUUCUCAUGGUGACGGCAAAAUUCCAAUCGGCGCGGUGGAUAGCAGAUUUCAUGGUAUCGUUGGGUGCUGAAGACGUAGAUAUUAACCGCGAGGACGUAUUCUUUGACUGCGCUGAAGAGACUAUUGGCAAGCCGAGAAUGAGAGCAGGCGUAUAUAUAACGAAGCAAACCUGGGAGUGGGGUAGCAAGCACUAAUAGCGAAUUUAUAUUAAACUAUACAUGGAUCGGGGUGGUAGUGUAUGUAGUGUUGAAUACCUCGCCAAUCCGGAUCCUCAGCUCCAACCGGCCACUACCCCACAAUUGCAUUAUCGGCUUUUCCGGCAAUGGCCCCACUUAGGUCCGAUCCGAUUGCGGGCCAUGGACGCAUGGCAUAUUGAUAACGGCAAGACCAGCAUCUUGGUGGCUUUGGUUGCAACGAGAUAAGAAUCGCGGCAAGGAAGAUGCGUGUAAUAGUACAUACGCCGUGAGGGGUAGUUUAGAUAUCGCAUGUGGGUGGCAUGUGAAGCCCCUAUUCAUUAACUUAUAGGUAGGUAGAUAAUAUCAAUCAACC